CCCGCGCACGCGCUGUUAUUGUUUUGACUAAAAAUGCCGUCGGUUUCGAAAACGGCGGCGUGCGCUUCUCCUCAAACCGAGAAACCAACCCACUACACGUAUUUGAAGGAGUUCAGGACCGAGCAGUGCCCACUGUUUUUGCAGCACAAAUGCACACAACACAGACCCUUUACGUGUUUCCACUGGCAUUUUCUAAACCAGCGAAGACGGAGACCCGUCCGGAGACGCGACGGGACUUUUAAUUACAGCCCCGAUGUUUAUUGCACGAAGUAUGACGAAACAACAGGAAUAUGCCCAGAUGGAGACGAUUGCCCUUACUUACACCGGACCACCGGUGACACAGAGCGAAAGUACCAUUUACGCUACUACAAGACCGGCACUUGCAUCCAUGAGACAGACGCUCGUGGACACUGUGUGAAGAAUGGCCUCCACUGCGCCUUUGCUCAUGGACCACAUGACCUACGGCCACCAGUUUAUGACAUAAGAGAGAUCCAGGCACAGGAAGCUCUGCAGAAUGGCCAGUUAGGAUCUGGGGAGGGAAUUCCUGACCUGCAGCCAGGUGUGUUGGCCAGCCAAGCCAUGAUUGAGAAGACCCUGAAUGAGGACCCCCGCUGGCAAGACACCAAUUUUGUUUUGGCUAACUAUAAAACUGAGCAGUGCACCAAGCCUCCACGUCUAUGCAGGCAGGGCUAUGCAUGUCCCCACUAUCACAAUAGCAGAGAUAGGAGAAGAAAUCCCAGAAAGUUCAAAUACAGGUCGACACCAUGUCCAAGUGUAAAACAUGGCGAUGAAUGGGGCGAACCCUCCAAGUGUGAGAGUGGGGAUGGCUGUCAGUACUGCCACUCGCGCACUGAACAGCAAUUCCACCCAGAGAUAUACAAAUCUACGAAAUGCAAUGAUAUGAGGCAAACUGGAUACUGUCCAAGGGGGCCAUUCUGUGCUUUUGCACAUGUGGAUAGAAUUCCUUCUACAGAAGAGGCCAUGAGUACGUUGCUCACAGUGAUGCAGUCGGGUCCUCACUCCAGUCUGGGCUGUCAGCAAUACCCAGAGUGUCCAGUCAAUGAGUGGAGCAACACAAAUUCCAUCACCAGCAGUGCUAAUAACAAUGGCCAAACAGGAAAUGUGUCAUGCUCUAAUAGUCCGACUGUAACACCAAGCUCAGGAAGCAACAGUUCUUUGUCCCCAAUUGGACCCAUCGGCAGGCCAAAAUGCUUUACUAAUGGUAGCUUAUGUUCAGAGUCCACCACGUCCAGUGUUUCAUCUCCGACGUCUAACUAUCCCAAAGCUCCGGGUUUUGAACGGGAGGAUCAGGCAAAGAACCUGAAGAGCCAGUCUGGAGAAAAUAAUCAAAAGUUAAUGGACCAAGACAAACAGGUUCACAGCGGUGUGUUCUCAGUGGUGAACCCACUAGCGUCCAGCAUAACAUCAAGCAUCACGUCCAGCUUGGCCUCCAGUGUUGGAUCUGAGAGCUCCUCACCUACCACUUUAUCAACAAUGAAUGCAAAAGCCACACCUUUCUAUCCAGGCAGCAAUACUGUAGAGUCAGUAAUAGGAUCUGCACUUGACUUAAAUUUUUGUGACAUCAACGUUGCCUCCCUCGACAAAGAGCUAGAGGAUCAAGACAACAAUGGCCUUGGCUUAACAUGUCAGAGGUUAAUUGGAGGCUCUGCUCCUGUCAAUAUUCCUGGCUCUCUGGCUCGGUCUUCCUCUCUGCAUUCCUCCUCCUCUCUCUCCGCCUCCCCGCUCAGCUCUCUGUCUCAGUCCCUGUCCCAGUCUCUUCUCACUGGAAUGACCUCCCAGCAGAGCCAGCCACAGGCACAACCUGUUAAAACUGAGCACGGCCGCCUUGGAACACCCACAUCUUCGCAGAACAAUUUAGGUUUGAAUGGUGGAGCAGGGAGUAUAUGGGACUUUAUGAGUGGCAGCUUCUCUCCUAGCCCAUCUCCAGUGUUCAGCAGCCUUACUUCCAGCACGUGCAGCUCCAGCAGUGCAGACAUCGGACGGCUCCUUCGAGAACUGGAUGAGGCCAAGCGCAAGAUAAAGCAAUGGGAGGAUGCCUGGCACCAGGUCAAACAGGCCUGUGAAGCGUGGCAGAAAGACGCUCACGAAGCGAAAGAGCAAGCAAAAUCGGCAGAGGCGGAGCGUCAACUGGCGGAACAGAAGCGGGUGGACACAGAGCGAAAGCUGAAGGAACUGCAGGGAGACUUUGACAUUUUGUGUCGCUCCCCCAAAACGCCUCUUCUGCGCAACUAUGGAGAGCUGGACCAGCUCCCCCUGCCAAAGCUCCGCUCAAUCCAGAGCCAGCUGCGCUCUGACCUAGACCUCAUAGACGGGGUAAUAUAUCAGCUUCAGUCAAAGAAAUGUAUAGUUUGCCAAAAGCAUGAUCGUUCCAUUGUCCUGCAGCCUUGCCAACAUUAUUUACUUUGUCAGAACUGUGCGUCUGGUAAAAUGGAAUGUCCUUACUGUAAGACAAAAAUAUUGAAGUGGUGAUGUGCGGCAAUUCAAGGUACUAUUUAAUGGUCUAGCCCUUUGAAGAACUACUAAUACAUUACCUACUAAUGCUUACCAUUUCUAAAUAGCAUUUUUUUUGUGUUUCAGUAUUUCAUAUAGUGAUUAAAUUGAUUAGUUUUAUCAGAAUUUAAUAAGUGGUGUUUGACUGAUACAAAUCAAGAACUUACAUGCAAUACCUAUUUUGUACAAGCUAGAAUAUCCAUUUUCAUAAAGCAUUAAACAAUUUCCCCUUACCGCUGAUUUGACUGUUAGCGACAAAUUAAUCGGUCAGACAACUGCAUAUUUGCUACUAGAUUUGUGAAGAGGAUUAAUUUCUUGUUAAAAGCACUUUGUUGACUUGGAAAAAUUUAUCUUGAGGGUAUUUUAGAAAUUUUUGCUUUAAGCUGCUUUGUAGCUUUUGGUUAUUUUUUAUUUUCUUAGAUUUAUAUUUUUCCCAAAUACGCUAAAGUAUGAAGCUUUUGUGUGUACUGUGAAACAUAAUAGAAUAUUUCAUUUUUCUUACUGUUAAAUCAUGGUAUAUUGUAUAUAUCUUGUUAGUUUUCAUAUAAAAUAGUACUAAAUAGUAGUUACUACUUUCAUUGUUACUUAAAUUUUUCAAUCAAAUAAGUGCGAACUUAAAAUGCAUUUUAGGCAUAAGCAGCAGCUGUAAUAUCAGUAAGGCACAUACUGUAUGCUAAAGCAUUUAGUAAAUUGGUUUCUUUGUCUUAUAGUGACUCUUUAUGUAGACAGUAUGUAGUUGUUAGAUGAGCACAUGUGUUCUGAUGUCUUCAGUGACAGUAUUUUUUGUUUGUUUUUGAAUUCAGCUUUCAGAUAUGUUAGAAGAUAUCUGAUUCUGGGCCAUUCCCUCUUAAGUGCCUUGCUUUAAAAUAUUUGAAGCAUCUUUGAGGAGCUUAGGAUUGUAGUAUAAACCCCAUUGCUUGUGCAAAUUGCAUAUUUUUCAGUAGCAUCAUAUGUACUUUAUUUGAGCACGCAUCGGCCCAUUCAGUACUUAAGUAUUUCCCAGAGAUUUCAUUUUGGUCAGUGCCCGAGCUCUGAUAUUCAGCUAAGUAUCGUUCCCUCUUUCUUCAUCAACAAUGGUGCUUUUUGGGCACAGCUUCAUUAUCAUUAGAAAUGUUGAAUCGUCCUUAAUUUAAAUGUAGGGAUAUUCAGACCAGGAAAUCUAUAUAUUUCUUUGAUUGCAAAAACUAAACUGGCUUAGUGGAUUUUUUGAAAUAUUUAGAAUUGUAGUGCUCUGUAAUGUUUACAGACAGAAAUCGUCAGUGUUUUUUUUCUUGUCCAAAUUCGACAGUGAAAUGUGCUUAGGUAAUUUAAUUGAAAUGACCCGCUACUGUGUUAUCGGAAAAAUACUUUUAUUUUCUUGUUCCUUUCAUAUUUACAGCAAUGAGUUUGUGCAGUAAAUUGUCAGGUACACAAAGGUGCAAGUUUUUGUUUUUAAAUUGGGAUAAACAGUUUUCUUCAAAAGGGAUGGUUAUUGAGGAUCUAAUUGUCCAGACCCUCAUAUUUUACUUUAGCUUCUCGAGGAAUAGACCGUGUAUAUAUUAUUUCCCUCUGCUUUUCUUCUUGCGUUCAUUUCUAAAUCCACAUUUUCUGUAUGUAGCUCAUGUGUGUAGAUUUGUUAACCAGCUGAAGCUCUAGAUCACACUGCCAAAUGUGUUUGUGCUGAGCAGACCUUUCCAGUUGUUGGUCAUCACAGUUCAUAGCUCUUAAGUAUUCAAAAAAAAAAUAAUUGUACAAUGCUUCAAAUGCAUUGACUACGUGCUUAUCUUUUCUAGUAUGAUUACUGAAGCUGUGUUCCUUUUCGUAAGAUGUUUGGCAUAGAUAGGGUUUAAACAUUUGUAAUGGAUCAAAGUAGCUCUGGGUAUUGUGAUGUUUCCAACACUCAAGUGCUCAAGAGCUUUGUUGAGGGAUUAAUUCCACUUGUUUGGUUAUCGGACCAUAAUGUAGGAUUGUUUAACUAAAAAAAUGCGGUUGAAAUGUUUUGGAUCUCACUUGACAUUUAUUUCUGAAACUAAGUCAAAUGUGGACUUUACUCAAAUGAACCAAAGUGGUAUUGUAGUUUAUCUUUGUUUCAAAGUUCAAAUGAAGUGGUGUACAAUUACUAUGUCAGUUUUUCAAUGUUUAAUUUGACAGGACAACUAUGCCAACUGCUUUUGCUGACAAUGUUAAUGGACUGAAAGCCCAUUUUUGUAGUUUUUACCAAAGACCUUUACUGUUUUUCUUUGUUUUCUUUUCUCAAUUUUAUAACUGCAUUUUUAUUUUAGCAUUCUGAGGAAAUAGUUAGAAGUAGAAAAAUGACCAAAUCUAGUACCUUUUUACAUAAUAUGUGCAUUUAAAAGAAAAAAUCAUAAUGGUAUCAUAAUCAUUUUCUAAUAUAAAGAUUGUGGGUUAUUUUUUUUCUUUAAUUCCUCAGUAAAAAGAAAAGAAUUGCAUUGAAUUGGCUGUAAUCCACAGUGAAGGAAUGUCCUAGUGAUGAAUGAAUAUUUGUGUUAAUAUUUUUAAGUGGCCAGAUGGAUCAGUGCUUAUUUAAAAAAUAUAUCUCUUUUUCUUUUUUUUUUUAGACUAAUAGUACUUAAUUGUACAAUUCUCAAAUCAGUUUUGAAACAUUAGUGGUUGUGCGCUACUUGUAUACUGUCAAAAUUUUAGAGUAUAAUUGGACCGUAAGGUGCUUUCUUUGGUUUCUUUUUGACUGGUUUUUUGUUUUUCUGUACGUUUAUUUGUGAUUUCUUCAGCAUUUGGAGAUAAAAUAAGAAAUCUUCUAACUUAUUUUUUUAUUUUUAAUCUUGAAGUGAAGUCUAUGGUUGUGUCAAAGUUUGUCUGCUAUUUCUUUGUAAAACUUAUUUGAUUGUGAUGUAAAAUGGGUCCCUUGUUUGUGCUAGUUGAAAUGGCUGAAACAGACAGUGGGUCACAUUUAUGAAAACGGUUAAAAUAUCUUCAUUUCCUAGCCUUAAACCAAACUUUAUUUGGCCUAGUUCAGUUUUAAUUUAGUUAGAUUUCUGAAAAUAUAAGCUUGUCAGACAGUUGAACAGUCAUGCUGCUUGUUAAUACUGUUAACUUUGUUAAUUUGUGAAAAGAACAAAUUUGUGCCUUUAUUACAACACAUUGAAAGUAUUUGAAUUGAACAAAUGAGUAAUUCAAGCUUACAAAUGAGCCGAAUUUUAGUGCCUUGGGACAUUUUAACCUGCAUUUCGCAAUGCAUGAGAAUAUUGCCACAGAUUCCUACUGACUUUACCAGUGUAUUAAAAUAUUACCUAAUUACUUUGCCAUGCCUUUGAACUUUUGGCUUUGAGUAAUAUGAAAGUGAUAUAUUUAAUAUGUAUUAAAUUCUGUUGAAAAACAGCAUGAUGAUGCAUUACAGAUUACAACUGUCUGUUAUGAGCAACAGUUAAGAUGUAAUGCAAUUGUAUUCUCUACCAAGGAUGUGUUUAAAGUUGCAGGCUAGCAGCUCAUUUAAACAGAUUGUGAAGAAAGACUUAAUUACAGUAGAAUAAUAAUUCAUAAUUAUAAGUUUGGGCUUCCAUUUAAUUUUGUGUGUUCUAUUAUUGGUUUCCUAAAAAGUGAUUUUCAGUAUCAUAAAAAUCUGUAUUAAUGGCAAACAGCAAUUUUUGUAUAAUGUCUAAGUCACAUACAUUUUAAUCACAGCAGAUACUACAUGUAAAUUUUAUGCAUUUUAAGGUUUCCCACCUAACCCCUCUGUCUGCAUCAGCCAUUUAAUACCAACUGUAAUCUUUAACACAAUGAUCAUUUAAUUUCAAUGUAUUGUGGAUAUGAAAGACCAGGCAUCUGCAAUUAAAGAAGCACCAAGGACAGUGUCUUUUUUUUUGUUUGGCAAUUUGUAAAUUAACUGUAUUGUAAAUUUACCACAAUGCUCUGCAGUGGAAAUAAUCGUCUUUUUUUUUUCUUCUUUUGAAUUCUUGUGGAUUUUCUUU